GACGCCUUUCGGUUGGAAGCCCACCCUGUAAGGCGUACGCCUAUUUCCUAACAUACUAGACAUACUAAAAGUGCUGGUAAACGACGGUGAACGCGACUUCGCGUAUAUUUGAUAAUUAAGAUCAGGUAUCGCUAUGCUUGGGUAUUUGGGAUAUCUGAGCUGUCGACGGGCUUGCUAUUGGUGAGGACUGGCUUGAGAGCGUACGCUGGUGUGCUCUCCGGUUGUUGCUGAUGUUAUCAGUUGGUCUCAAUCGUCUGAACUGUGUUUUUGGUGCGUCUUCUCCAUUUUUGCUCAUUUAUCUCCUCGUCGUUCGCUACAACCAAGUGCGUGGAUGAAUACGCAGGAAUACAAGCUUUUGCUCGCUAUUUCUAUAGUAACUUUUAUCGUGAGAUGCUAUAGACUCGGUAGUCCGCCUUCUGUCGUCUUUGACGAAGUCCACUUCGGCGGUCAGGUUUCUAAGUAUAUCAAGCAGCGAUUCUUCAUGGAUGUGCACCCUCCUCUCGCCAAAUUACUUCUCACAGCCGCCGCUGCUAUAUUUGGGUUCAACGGGAACUUCUCUUUUGAGCACAUUGGAGACGACUAUGUCGUUCAUGACGUACCAUAUAUUGCUAUGAGGGCAGUACCUGCUCUCCUUGGCGUAGCCCUCACUCCCCUCACGUAUCUUAUCUGUCGAUCACUCCAGUUGAAGCCAAUUUCAGCCUUGCUGGGAAGUUUGUUGAUCACAUUCGAGAACGCGUUAGCGACACAAUCUAGGCUCAUCUUACUUGACUCUCCUUUGGUUUUCUUUACUGCUCUCUCGACGUAUUCUUUCAUUAAAUUCUACAACCAGAACAAAUCAAAGACAGCACAUUUCACCCAGGAAUGGUGGUCGUGGCUCUUCUUGACUGGUUUAUCACUCGGAGCAGUACUCAGUGUUAAAUGGGUCGGUCUCUUUACCGUUGCUACCAUUGGCGUAGCUACUGUUUAUCAGCUUUGGGAAUUGCUUGGCAAUUUAUCUAUACCACCACGCUUGCUCUUUAAGCAUUUCACUACGAGAGCAUUGUGUUUGAUAGUUAUACCAAUCUUAUUCUACUUGUGGAUGUUCGCUAUACAUUUAUCGAUACUCAAUAGAUCAGGAGGUGGGGAUACCUUCAUGUCAGCGGCUUUCCAACAUUCUUUAAGAGGAAACAGGUUGCAAGAUACUUACGCACCAGUUGGUAUGGGAUCGGAAGUUUCCAUUAGACACUUACACUCCACUGGUGGUUACUUACACUCCCAUGAACACGAUUAUCCAACAGGAUCAUUCCAGCAGCAAAUAACACUCUAUCCAUACACUGACGAUAACAAUAUCUGGCAGAUCGUAGAAAGAAGUGAUAACAAUGGCGAACCUGAUCACCAUGAUUAUCAUAAUGAGAAAUUCAGACAAAUCUACAACGGAGCUGUAAUUAGACUCAUGCAUUUGGAUACAGGAAAGAGGUUACACUCGCACGAUCACAAACCUCCAGUUAGUGAAGCUGAAUUCCAAAAUGAAGUUUCUGGAUACGGUUUUGAGGGAUUCAAUGGGGAUGCUAAUGAUAACUUCAAAAUUGAGAUUGUGAAUGGUGACUCAAGAGAUCCUUCAUCGUAUAAGGAACUCAAAGCAAUUAAAACUCAUUUCAGAUUGAAGCACGUUCUUAGUGGUUGUUAUCUCUUUUCACAUAAAGAAAAGCUACCAGAAUGGGGGUAUGGUCAACAGGAGGUUACGUGUAACAAACAGUCUCCCCUCGAGAAUAGCAUUUGGUAUGUCGAAGUCAAUAGCCAUGGUCAACUUGAAGAUAACGAGAAUGUUGAAAUGGUAAACUACCGCCCAAUGGGAUUCUUGGAGAAGUUCUACGAAUUACAAAGUGUCAUGUGGGACGUGAAUAAUGGUUUACUUGAGAGACAUGCUUUUGACAGUCGACCAAUGUCUUGGCCUUUAUUUUUACGUGGUAUCAAUUUCUGGGUUAAAGAUCAUAAGCAGAUCUAUCUGAUUGGAAAUCCUGUCGUUUGGUGGCUUGGAUUUGUAGCUAUCCUUGGGUCUGGUGCCUACCUCGGUUUACUUACGUUGAGAAACAAGAGAGGCUACUCUGAUUUUGAUGCCAGCACCAGACAUUACACUUUGAUCUCUUCAUUCGUUGCAUCUGGGUGGGCUCUACACUACAUUCCAUUCUUCUUAAUGGAGAGACAACUAUUCAUUCAUCACUACCUACCAGCUCUGUUCUAUUCAAUUGUGAUGAUAUCUGUAAUUUUCGACUUAAUAACGAACAAGCUAAGAUCGAGAAUUCGUUUCCAGCUGGCUGGAUUGAUACUAAUUGUUGCAAUGAUCGUUUACUUCAAAUUCAGUCCUUUAAUGUAUGGGUUAGAAUGGACGAACAAUGAAUGCGAGAAAUCUAAAUGGCUAUCAUCUUGGGAUUUUGCUUGUCAGCAAUUCCCAACAAGUUACGAUGAUUAUGCCCAAUACAAGGAUGUCUUACAGGAGAAUAUUGUAGAACCUGCUAACGACAUAUUUGAGGAACUACAAUCAAAAGCAUCAGAUAAUUUAGCUCAGUCGACUUAAUUUAAUUUGUAUAACAAAAAAAUAAUGCAUUUCAC